CCCAACAAUACCAUAUACCAUAUCGCCAAUUUCUCCAAGAUCAUCUAACUAAUUAGCAUGGCGCUAGACGCCGACGUCGUUUUCCCUCAAGAUCCUUUUACUUACACUACUAACAAAGACCUUUACAACUUGUUAGUAGGGAAUUGGAGCUAUGAUGGUCAUGAAAACUAUCAUCAUCAGCAGCAGCUGCAAGAAGCAGCAGCCUCAUUUGAUUUUCUCAGCAACCAAACAGAUCACCAUUUUACUAGUUACUCCACAACUCCUUCAAUGGUUACCCAUUUUGAUGAUUUGCAGCUCUCCAAUUCAAACCCGGAUGCCCCGACUGACUUUGAUCAAUAUUCUCAGUUCCAACUUCCAUCAGUGGAGUAUACAGGUCAGACGACCACCACUCGUCCCAAACGACGGCGAGCCAGGAGUAAAAAGAACAAGGAGGAGAUUGAGAACCAGAGAAUGACGCACAUUGCUGUUGAGCGUAACCGAAGAAAACAAAUGAAUGAGUAUCUUUCUGCCCUUCGAUCUAUAAUGCCCGAUUCAUAUGUCCAAAGGGGUGACCAAGCAUCAAUCAUUGGAGGUGCUAUUAACUUUGUAAAGGAGUUAGAGAACCAAGUGCAAUUCCUCGGUGCUCAAAACCCAAACAGAAACAGUUCGGAUUUGCCUUUCUCAGACUUCUUUAGCUUCCCACAAUACUCAUCAUCAACAAGAGCUAGUACUAGUACUGCUCAUCAGACUAGUCAUGAAAAUCGAUAUGAUUCCGAUCAGAUGCCGUCGGUUGAGCACAAGUACCCAGCGGAUAUGAAUGUGAAGGCUGCAGCAGACAUAGAGGUGACUAUGGUGGAGAGCCAUGCAAACCUCAAGGUCAGAUCAAAAAGGGUUCCGAAGCAGCUCUUGAAGUUUGUUUCUGGGUUGCACACACUGCGCCUCACCAUUCUUCACCUCAAUGUUUCAACUGUUGACGAAAUUGUCCUCUAUUCACUUAGCGUCAAGGUAGAAGAGGACUGCGCGUUGACUUCAGUGGAUGAAAUUGCGACAGCUGUGUAUCAGAUGCUAGCUAGGAUUCAGGAAGAGGCUAUGUUGCAUUUGAAUUGAUCACCAUCAUCAUCCUCAUCAAAAUUAACUCCCUUUUAGUUAAAAUUGAUUUUGCUGUAAUCCUUUAAUUUAAGCCUUAAACUUGUAGUCGAUCGUUGAAUGGAAUUAUCGUAAUAAUUGUUUUUCUGCUGGGAGCUAGCAUUCUUGAGCUCUUGAA